AUGGCCUCAAUCCCAUCCCCAUCUCAAUUAGAUUCUCCGGCCGACAAUCAGAAACUCGACUUCGACACUAUAAAAUCGCUCGUCACCGUAAUUAAUCGGUACACGCACGCCAUUCUCGAAAACACAGAAGCUCGAGAGGCCUUAAAGGUAAAAUGCACUUCAAAGCUCAAGAUACAACCACAAGAGUUUUUCGAAUUUUCAGAGCACUCGGUGCUGUCUAAUCUCUACUGGGGCAUAGAAAACGCCGAGUCGGCGUAUCUAGCUCGAAAUGCGGACGAGAAAAUGAUCAAGCUCGAUAGCUCGGAAAAAAUGCUUCAGAUUCCAGCCUCACUGGACGAAAAUGGGGUCACGAUGGGAAUUUCGAACGGCUACUUAGUUUGCUGCUCGUAUUUUUACCUAUCGGUGGUCGAGUUUGUGAGGAGAAAUGAAUGGCAGGUGGCUAUGCAUUUUCUUCAGGCGGUUUUAAUAUGUCCGAGGAGUGUACGCACGGUAUUUGCCCCCGGAAUCUACCGGAAGCUUUUGCCGAUUUUCGUUAGGCAUAAGUUUGAGAAAGAGUUGUUGUGCGGUAGUCGACCAAAAAAUAUUGGGACACUUAAUAGCGAUUUUGAUGAUGAUGAUGAAGAUGAUGUAAUGAGAUGGAUGGCAAAAACAUAUAAGCCCUGGUUUGUUUACUAUCAGAUUGUGUCGAGUGGCGAGUUGAAAAACAGAGGAAGUGGAACUUGUUUGGCGGAUAAUCACACAGAAUACGCCAUGAAAAUGGUUCAGAGGUCGAAAACUGUACAGUCACAGAAUUCAUAUGACGACCGAAAUGGAUUAUGGAGUCAUCACAAUCUUCAAGCAAACAUUGGUAAUGAUGUCCAGAAGGAUCAUAUCGGUACAAAUCUCCCAUUCUUUGAAAGCCACGAGAAAAUAGUGGCAUGUUUAGAAACAAUCCACAUUAGAAAAAAUACACAAAGCUCAAACAUUAGAUGCCUCAAGGAUAUUCUAAUUGAAUCCGAGCCAAAUUCUCCAAUUUCCCAACACUCGGCUAAUAGCUCUCCAGAGGAAGAUAUUUCUUCUCAGAUUUUUGCAGAAGUCACAUUUGGUUCUUUGAGAAUCGGAAGAAUCAACGCAGAGGAUCACGAAGCAACAGUUCACGAUCAGAACGGUUCAUUAUCAUGGAACUCGCGAUCCUUUUCUCACGACACAGAACCAGAAAAAACCGCACUGCAUCAACUACUAACAGAAACCGACGGAAUAAAAUCCGGCGAAUGCUUUUCCCGGAGUUUCUCCACUUCGUAUUGCGACACAAACAAAUCCACAUUAGCCAUAGCAAAACUGAACGAACACACUCCCACCCUCAACGACUACAUACACGAGCAAGAGAAUCCACACGCCCACUCAAAAAGGCAUAUAAAUUCCCUAUCCAUCCGAAAAACCUCGAGCUGCCGCCCGAAUCUCCUCCACUCCCAGCAAGAGGAAAACACAGCCAUCGAGCACCACAAUGCCCUGAUCAAUAAACUCAUAUCAAAAUUAUGCUUUGCAAACGGUGAAGACCACACAAUCGACAUGAAGUCGAUAUACGAGAUGCUCAACUCAAAGCCUGGGCUCAAAUACUCCCUGCUAAAGGACAUCAUCCUGGACCAGCUCUUGACCGCCAUCUCCACCUCCAAAGAGGAUCGUGUUGUCCGGACCUCCCUUGCCAUACUCUCCACAAUCGUCACCCAAAACCAGGAGGCAAUUGAAGAGAUCAAGAGAAAAGGGCUCAAAUUGUACGACUUAGCAACGGCGCUCAAGCGGAAUGUCCACGAGGCCGUCGUCCUCAUAUACCUAAUUAACCCGUCGCCGGCAGAGAUGAGGACGCUCGAGCUCCUGCCCUGCCUCGUUGAGGUCGUCUGCGCCUGCCGGAAGCCGGAUCCGGCGCCGCCGCUGCUGACGCCGCCGUCGGCGUCGCUGAUGAUAAUCGAGGUGCUGGUGACGGCGUUCGACGGGGAGACGAACGGCGCACACCUGGCGGCAAUCAGCUCGCCCAGGGUACUGUCGGGGCUGGUGCGGGUGCCGAGGGGGGAGAAUCCAGAGGAGCUCGUGUCGCUGGCGGCUGUGCUGGUCGAGUGCAUGAGGUUCGACGGAGAAUGCAGGAAGUACGUGGUGGAAUACGCUCCGGUUGCAGCCCUUGUGAGCCUCCUGUGGAGGAACGAGAGACGCGCGUCGCGGGUGGCGCUCGAGUUUUUCAACGAGCUGCUUCGGAUGCCAAGGUCAUCAGCCAGUGGUUUACUGGAGCAGAUACAAAAGCAAGGAAGCGGGAACAAUGCGUGUGCUUUGCUUCUGCUCACACAGAAUCGGGACACGGAGUACAGACUUCUGGCAGCAAAUUUGCUACUUCAGCUACAAGUUCUUGAAAAUACGUCUGUAAAACGCGUUCAUAAAGAAGAAGCAACGGAGAUUAUCAUAGAAUCACUUGCACGUGAAGAUUGCCCAGCUACACAGGCUCUAUCGGCAUUCAUCCUAUCGAAUCUCGGUGGGACCUACUCUUGGACAGGUGAACCAUACACCAUGGCAUGGUUAGUGAAGAAGACCGGAUUAACCUCGACACGUCACAGGAACUUGAUUAAACACUUUGACUUUCAUGAUCCUAGCCUGCAGGAUGGUGGAAUUGAUCCAUGGUGUAGUAGAACAGCGCAACGGGUAUUACAUCUUGGGGCUCCCGUUUUCCAUGCAUUGAGUAAGGGACUGAAGAGCGAUUUCAAGAGAGUUUCACGAGACUGUCUUGUGGCUGCUGCUUGGCUCGGGUGUGAGCUGGUGAAAGGCCCGGAUGAGCUGAGGCAUGCUGCUUGUGACAUUUUGCUACAGAGUAUAGAACAGUACAUGCAUCCUGGUUCGGAGCUCGAAGAAAGAUUGUUAGCAUGCUUAUGCAUCUACAACUACACUUCAGGGAAAGGAAUGAAGAAAAUAAUCAAUCUAUCAGAAGGAGUGCGAGAAUCACUGAGGCGCUUGUCCAGCGUCACAUGGAUGGCAGAGGAGUUGCUGAAAGUAGCUGAUUAUUUCCAGCCAAAUAAGUGGAGAAUAUCGUGCGUUCACAGCCAGAUUCUUGAGGUAGGACAUAAAAACAGUGGAGCCGUGACUGCCCUCAUUUACUACAAGGGACUAUUGUACAGUGGAUAUGCCAAUGGCUCUAUUAAGGUUUGGGACAUCAAAAGACAAACAACUACACUUGUUCAAGAAAUGAAAGAGCACAAAAAGGCCGUGACAUGCUUUGCACUAUAUGAACCUGGGAACUGCCUUCUGAGUGGCUCUAAUGAUAAAACAAUCAAGAUAUGGCAAAUGCUCCAUAGGAACCUCAAAUGCAUUGAGGUGAUACCCACAAAGGAAUCAGUUAGAAGUAUAGAUGCUUGUGGUGAAUUGAUAUUUGCUACCACCCAAAGCCACAAAUUGAAGGUUAUUGAUGCGUCAAGAAAAGCUAAAGACGUUUUCAAGAACAAAUGCGUGAAGUGCGUACGGGUGUCACAGGGAAAAGUUUACGGAGGCUGCAUCGAUUCAAGCAUUCAGGAAUUGAUGAUUGUUAACAAUCGCCAGCAAGAGAUAAAAGCACCUUUAAAGAGCUGGAUGCAGACUAAGCCUAUAAGCUCGGUUGCCAUAUACAAAGACUGGUUAUAUUGUGCAAGCUCGGCUGUCGAGGGUUCCAAGAUUAAGGAGUGGAGAAGGAGCAACAAGCCUCAAAUAUCGAUAAUUCCCGAGAAAGGAGCAAGUGUUGUAGCUAUGGAAGUACUUGAGGAUUUCAUAUAUAUAAAUUGCAGUACAUCAUUGAGCAGCCUCCAGAUAUGGCUGAGAGGGACACAGCAAAAGGUUGGGAGACUGUCAGCUGGUAGCAAGAUAACUAGUUUACUCUCAGCCAAUGACAUAAUUCUGUGUGGAACUGAGAAAGGUCUAAUAAAGGGGUGGAUUCCAAUUUGA